CAGCCGUUACUAAAACCGAUUACUUGCCUGGCAUUCACAACGAGUUGGCAGCUCUGCUCUGACAACAACAUAACUCACAAUAAUGCACUAGACAACAGCAGCUGAUCGAAUUGCAGCGCAGGUGUCACAAGCCACAAGGGACACCGAGAGAAACAGCAACAACAACAGCUGCGCAAACAUUCACUUUUAGACACCUUCGGGGGAGGCAGACAAGUUGUGCGGAAGACGGUCGCCUCAAGACACGGAAGUGUUUUUUUUUUUAGCUGCCAGAAACUUGAUUGAAAAUCACCUUCGAAGCGGCGGCUGCUGAUCGGAGUUCAGCCAUGGCCGAUGCUGGUGGCAUGCCCGAAAAUGCGGCCGAAAUAGCCGUAGCCAAUGCGAUCAAUAACAUCAACGGGCGCAAUCGUGUGCUCGCGGGCGGAGUGGGCGGAGUGGGAGGUGGCGUUGGCCAAAACAACAUGAUGAACAUGCGGGAUCGCCUAUUUCAUGCCAUUUACUUUCGUGUGGCGGCCACCUAUGCGGAGCUAGUGCCUCGCAAGGUGCAGCUUGCCAUUGAGUUUUUGCUGCUGCUCAAGGCUCUGGUGUUCUUUUUCACCCUGGUCUAUGUGCAUACGGCUUUCAUUAAGAAUCCCUGCACCUGUCUGCAGGAUGUGCAGAAUUGGCCACGCGAGGGCGUUAUACGAGUGGAAAUAAUACCGCAUCUGGCCGAGAAGCGUGCCAUCUGGCAGCGCAUCAAGAGCGAUCAGCAGCUGGUGCUGGCCCUAAAGCACACUUACCACUAUGGCGUGGGACCGCAAACGCUGGACAAUCACAACAGGCUGAAGCGCUACGAGGCGAUACUGCGCAAACUGGGCCUGCCCGUGCGCCCCAAUUUUGCGUACGGCAACGAGACCUUGUAUUAUUAUUUUGAUGCCAUCAAUAUACUGGAUAACUACGAUCAUCCCAGCGCCAUACCGCUCAAGGGCGACGACGAUGAUGAUGAGCAGUAUAUUGUGGAGUACUCUCUGGAGUACGGACACUUGCGGCUGUCGGCUGCCACACGCAAGCGACUGAACAUACCCGUGCUUACGGUGCAGCUGGAUCCUAAUACGAAUGCCUGUUUCGGCGACAGGUUAACGCGUUACCUGCUCAAGCGUUUGCUGGGCUAUGAUGAUUUGCUAAUGGCCUCGGUGCGCACAGUCGCGGAACGAGAGGAGAAUAAGGGUUAUCUGCGCAACGUGAUAACGGGCGAACAUUACCGCUUCGUCUCCAUGUGGUGGGCUGCCUGGAGCAGUUAUCCAGCUGCUUUCUGUGUCAUGCUGCUCUUUACUUUUUCCGUGUCCAUGCUGUUGCGCUAUUCGCAUCAUCAGAUCUUUGUGUUCAUAGUGGAUCUGUUGCAAAUGCUGGAGUACAAUGUAUCCGCCCGCUUUCCCAUUGCGCCCCUAUUGACGGUCAUAUUGGCGCUAGUAGGCAUGGAGGCCAUUAUGUCGGAGUUCUUCAAUGAUACAACAACAGCUUUCUAUAUUAUAUUGAUUGUCUGGAUCGCGGAUCAAUUCGAUGCCAUCUGCUGUCACACAAGCAUCACGAAGCGCCAUUGGCUCAGAUUCUUCUACCUAUAUCAUUUUGCCUUCUAUGCGUAUCACUAUCGCUUCAGUGGACAAUAUCGUAGCCUGGCGCUGCUCUCCUCCUAUCUAUUCAUCCAGCACUCGAUGGUAUUCUUCUUUCAUCGCUAUGAGCUGCCUGCGAUUAUGGCCCAGCGUCAUGUCUUCAUCAUCACGCGUAAUCAACCCAAUGCCGCAGCUGCCGGCGCUGGCGCCGCUCCAGUUGCAGCUCCUGGUCAGCAGGCGGCGCUGCAACGUGCGCGCGUGAUUGUAAUGCGACUAUUCGGCCAGUUGGCCGCACAACGUCAGGGCCAGCCGGGAGGCGCUGGCGUAGGCGCAGCGGGCGCCGGGCCGGGCGCCGCGGCAGUUGUUGCCAUCGCGCAACCGGCGCACAAUGCCAGCGCAGCGCUGGCGAAUGCUUUGGGUAAUCUGAGGCGGCUGCCUUUGGUGGGGGCCUGGUUGCAUGGACGCGACCAGUUCGCCACCGAGCGACGCGUCUUCCUCGGCCAGGGGCACGGCCACGGACAGAUGAUGCAUGUGCGGCUGCAGCGCAUCAAUGUGGCCGAUAUACCUGGUCUGCAGACACGCGCCGCGGCUGCAGCAGCGGCAGCAACAGCCGCCGCAGUGGCAGCAACGGCAGCUGCACAGGCGGCAGCAACCGCGGCCGCGGCAGCAGCAACAGCGGCAGCAGCAGCUGCAACGCCCACAACAACAACAACAGCAACAACUGAAGAUGUCGAAUCAAAUCAUGGACAAGCACCAAGCCAAGCGCCAGCAGCAGCAGCAGCAGCAGCAGCAGCAACAACAACGAUGAUAAACAGCAUCAAUGAUGCAGGAGCAACAGAGCAGGAGACGACUACGGCAGGGGAAGCAGGAGAAGCAGCAGCGGAAACAGCCCAGGACAAGCAGUCGUUGGCGCAGGACUUGGAUCUGGGACAGGCUGACAUGCCUAAGAUGUUGAAAAAUCUAAAUUUUACUGCGGCGGAUAUUAUAAAUAUGCCGGAUACGGCGGAAACUACAACAGCAAAAACAGCAACAACAACAGCGAAGUCCUCGCAGCUGCCAGCCUUGGCAAAGCAAUUAGCAAAUAAUUUACCAGCUCAAAGGACGCCGUCAUCAGGUGAAAAGCAAAGCAGUUCAACUGACCAGCCGAUGGAAAACAACAAGAAAAUAACAGCCACAGCAAGUGCAGCCUUCUUCACGUCAAAACAAUCCAGAGCAGACGUCCAGCCUGAGUCUGGAGCAGCUUGGGCCAAUCCAAGCACAAUGAUGGAUGGCAGGCAAACAGUUGAUUUUAUAGAAGGCGACAGCUUCACGUCAACAGCAAAUUACAACGCAACAAACCACAUGCAGCAGGAGGGGCACAAGGAGCAGCUGGACCAGCUGGAGCAGGAGCAGAAGGAGAAGGAGGAGCAGCUGCCGACCAGGCUAAUGAAAACUCUACCGCAUACAUCAAACCAAGUGACAACAGCAGCAGAAGCCGCAACAGCCAACAACUGAAUAAGAAGACAAAAUCCCACACUCUGGGUGUUGCAUGUGGUGGGAUGGGGCAUGGGGCAUAGGGUGGGCCUGGGGUGUUAGUGGGCGGGCCGGAAAAAAGAAACAAAAAAAAAAAACUAAACAUGAAGACCAUUAUGCAAGCAUAUAAAACAGCUAGUAAAUUUUAGAUAAUUUGCCUGGUGUACUUAUGGCUAGAGCAUGCACGCCCCCGCUUCUGUCUGAGCGAGUGUGUGUACGAGUGUGCGUGUGUGUGCGUGUGCGUGUGUGGAGGAGUGUGCUUGCCUAGCUAGACAAACUUUCAGAUUUUUGGGUUUUCGCAUGCAAAAACUGUGUUACUUAGUGAUUUUUAACUACAAAUUAAUGUGUGUUAACCAUGGCAACAGCUCGCGGCAGGCUGCUCACUUUUUAAUUAGCUGCCAAAAAUGUGUGAACAGAAUAAUAUAUAUAAAAAUAUA